CGGUUGCUACUCGGUCGCGAGGGGCGGGGCGCCUGUCAGGGGAGCGGCGCGCGCGCGGCGGCGGGGGCGGGCUGAGGCUCGGCCGCGCAGUGCCAGCGCCAGCGCCGGAGCCAGCGCCACAGUCUCGCGCCCCGCGCUCUCCGGCCCGCCGCCUGCGUUCUGGCUCCCGAGCCCGCACUCCCGCCCUGCCCGCGCGCUGCCCGAGGAUGGAGCUGCUGUGCUGCGAGGGCACUCGGCACGCGCCCCGGGCCGGGCCGGACCCGCGGCUCCUAGGGGACCAGCGUGUCCUGCAGAGCUUGCUCCGCCUGGAGGAGCGCUACGUGCCCCGCGCCUCUUACUUCCAGUGUGUGCAGAGGGAGAUCAAGCCGCACAUGCGGAAGAUGCUGGCGUACUGGAUGCUGGAGGUGUGUGAGGAGCAGCGCUGUGAAGAGGAAGUCUUCCCCCUGGCCAUGAACUACCUGGAUCGCUACCUGUCCUGCGUCCCCACCCGAAAGGCGCAGUUGCAGCUCCUGGGUGCGGUCUGCAUGCUGCUGGCCUCCAAGCUGCGCGAGACGACGCCCCUGACCAUCGAAAAACUGUGCAUCUACACCGACCACUCUGUGUCUCCCCGCCAGCUGCGGGAUUGGGAGGUGCUGGUCUUGGGGAAGCUCAAGUGGGACCUGGCCGCAGUGAUUGCCCAUGAUUUCCUGGCCCUGAUUCUGCACCGGCUUUCUCUGCCCCGCGACCGACAGGCCUUGGUCAAGAAGCACGCCCAGACCUUUUUGGCCCUCUGUGCUACAGACUACACCUUUGCCAUGUACCCGCCAUCCAUGAUUGCCACGGGCAGCAUCGGAGCUGCAGUGCAAGGCCUGGGUGCUUGCUCCACGUCUGCGGACGAGCUCACGGAGCUGCUGGCAGGGAUCACAGGCACUGAAGUGGACUGCCUGCGGGCCUGUCAGGAGCAGAUUGAAGCUGCCCUCAGGGAGAGCCUCAGGGAAGCCGCCCAGACCUCUCCCAGCCCAGCACCCAAAGCCCCCAGGGGCUCCAGCAGCCAGGGGCCCAGCCAGACCAGCACUCCCACAGACGUCACGGCCAUCCACCUGUAGCCCUGGAGAGGCCCCCUCGAGUGGCUGCCGACAGCAGGAGGGGACCCUGCCACCCACCUCCCUGGCUGCAGGAAUGGUAUCAUGCCACAGCUGAAGCCUGAGGGGGCUCCUUCCCCUUGCCCCUCGCCAGCCACAGGGGUCAGGUCCUACCUAUCCCUGCAGUGUGCACUAACGGGCCUGGCCGGCCACGGCUGGGGGCCAGUCCGGCUCCUCCUCCUGCCUGCACCCAGCCAGCUCAGCUCUCCUGGGGGUGGGCCGGGCUGGCCAGAAAUGACAUUGAAUUGUAACACAUGUACCAGCAUUCCUUUCCAGGGGCUCCCUUAUCUCUGGGGCUCUCAACUGCCAAAAUUGAACCUGAGCCCCUGGCAGAGAAAGCUCGGAGUCCUAACCACUGGACCGCCAGGGGAUUCCCUAAUUACUGCAUUUGGAUUGGGGUCUUUCUGAAGACGACUCAGAUGUCCUAGACACGCGUGAGGGGCAAGAGUGGACAUCCCCUCUCCGAGCACUUGGAGGCCCUGCAUAAUCCUAGCUGCUCCUAGGGAGGGGCCCCGCCACCGUCCAGGGGCAGGAACCAACCUCCUCGCUUCGCUUUCUGCUCAGCUUCUCCUGUGUGAUUGGGGGGAGGGGGGUGUCAGUGCGGAAGGAAGUUGUUUUAAUUUAUUAAUUACUUUGAGUACAACUGUAUGAGGGUGUGGUGGGGCCCUUCUCCCCCCGCUGCAGGGGGAGUAACCCUGGUGGUUGCUAUAUUCCUCCCCUCUGCUACUCGCUAGAGGAUCUCGUGGCCAAGGAGCUGCUAUGCCUGGGGUGGGGCCAUGCCCUCCUCUCCCUUUGGCCCUCUGCCCCAUCCCCCAGGAGUCGGGGGGCGUUGCGGAAUGAAGCAGGGGAUGACCUGGCCAUGACCAAGCCCCCUGUCUGGAGAGGGAGGCAGGCCCUGUUAACACAGGUCUUUCCUGAGGCCACAAGGUCCAGGCUGGUGGCUGAGGACCAUCAUGCUACCUUUAUAAUAAAGAUUCUGGAAUAAAACUGACUUUGGCUUUUGGAUUAGAGGGCAGUCUGUGGGAAAGCCUAUUUCUAGACUGCAUGGAGUAAAAGAGGAUAAAAAUCAA